AUGAGUUGCAUGAAGACUGCAGCAGCUAGCAGCCGCUCGGGUUUUGAAGCUCAACUCGAAAUCAACACACCUAAAGAGUCAUCUCGGGUUCCUUCUCUCCAAGCUCAAACCGACGACUCUCAAAGAAAUCUCUCUCACCUUUUGCUCCUUACAUCGAGUCCUCUUCUUGAUCUGAGUAACUCUGUUUUAGAUGAAGCCUUAAUCAACUACACCAACCAUCUAUAUAGAAGGCC